AGUCGUGGAUGGAGACAAGUUGCAUUUAUCUUGAUGCCGGGCUGCAGCGUGUGUGCGUUUGUGUUUGGAUGUCUUGUGUGGGGGUGUGUGCGCUAGUCCCCUUGGAUGAGCACACACGUCUGAGGAUGCAGCUGGGAGCAUGAGUUCUGACCAGGAGGAGUAUGACAUGGUCUGUCAGAAAGCUGUGACCCUAAUUGUUGACCUCUGCCUGCACAACAGCACCCUGUUGGAUCAGGAGACCUGUCAGGAUUUCCUGUUCGUAUUGACCAGCCAGGGCUCUGAUCACAAAGACGCGGACGCUUCCUUUGGCCUCGUGCUCGCCGUGUUUCUUGUUUGCGGCCUCGCUCUGCUGGGCCUCCUCACGUUAGUCUCCUGGAAGCUCUGCUGGGUGCCUUGGCGGAGCAAGGCCCAGUUCCCGAGCCCGUCUCUCAGCCUGGCCUGUGGCCCGCAGCACUGCCCGCGACAGCCGUCCACCCCCCCGCCGCCCAGUCCCCAGCAGCCAGUGGUCACCAUGGCGACGGAGAAGGUGAAAGACCCCGCGGGCUCCAUGGGCUUCCUGGAGGCGGCCGUGAAGAUAAGCCGCACUUCCCCCGACAUCCCCGCCGACGUGCAGCUCUCCAUGAGGGAGCACUUCCUGCGUCGCACGCAGCGCAUGCAGAGACAGACCACUGAGCCGGCCUCCUCCACACGGCACAACUCAUUCAAACGGCACCUCCCCAGGCAGAUGCAGGUGGGCAGUUUAGACCUGGGAAAUGACUACAUGGUGGACAGGGACGAGAAGCCCACCAGCCUGGGGCGCAUCCAACCGGAGCUCUACCAGCAAAAGGCCUCGGAGUCAGAAGACUCCUCCAGGAACGGCGGCGAAAAAAACUGCGGCAGGAUUAAUUUCUCGCUCAAGUACGACUAUGAAAACGAGGCGUUGCUCGUCAAUAUUCUCAGGGCGGUGGACCUACCGGCCAAGGACCUGUGCGGUACCUCUGACCCUUACGUGAAGGUCUACCUGCUACCCGACCGCAAGAAGUUCCAGACCCGCGUCCACCGGAAGACGCUCAACCCCACGUUCAGUGAGAGCUUCCAGUUUCCCGUGCCUUACGACGAGCUGCCCGUCAGGAAGCUCCACAUGAGCGUCUUUGACUUUGACCGAUUUUCUCGACACGAUAUGAUCGGGGAAGUGGUGCUGGAGAAUUUGUUCGAGCUGUCGGACCUGUCGAGGGAGACGAACAUAUGGAGGGACAUCCAGUACGCUACAAGUGAAAGCGUUGACCUUGGGGAGAUCAUGUUCUCACUGUGCUACCUGCCUACCGCAGGCAGACUCACACUAACCGUCAUCAAGUGCAGGAACCUCAAGGCCAUGGACAUCACCGGGUACUCUGAUCCGUAUGUCAAAGUGUCGCUCAUUUGUGACGGCAGACGUUUGAAAAAGAAGAAGACGAGCAUUAAAAAGAACACCCUGAAUCCCACCUACAACGAGGCCAUCAUCUUUGACAUCCCUCCAGACAGUAUGGACCACGUCAGCUUGCACAUCUCUGUGAUGGACUAUGAUUUGGUGGGUCAUAAUGAGAUCAUUGGUGUGAUGAGGGUUGGAAGCCACGCUGAGGGACUUGGCAGGGACCACUGGAAUGAAAUGCUGGCUUAUCCACGGAAACCCAUCGCACACUGGCAUCCUCUCCUGGAGUCCAAGAAGUCUGAGAAGGAGUGGAAGGCGAGAACUGCCAGCUUUGACAGCCAGGGCUCCUUGGAAGGCGAGAACUGCCAGCUUUGACAGCCAGGGCUCCUGCCCCUCACCGAGGCCUCCUGCUAGUCCCUGAGAUGAGCUACCUGUGACCCAGCAGCCCAGAAGGGGUUUCCUCCCUCCUCCUGAUCCACUUCCUGUCUGUGUGCUUUGAGGAGAAACACGGUCCCACUGUUUCUCCCUUCUCCCUCUCUCUCCCUCUCAUCCCUACCCGCCUCACUUCCUCAAGUCUAGUCCCAGAGCACUCCCAAGUACUGAACCAGGACUUUCUGUCUGUCGGCUGUGUGAAGCUCAGACUUUUCUCGGCGUGGCUGGCUUGAUGGCCCGAAGCUGGAUUUGUUUUCUGGGAGAUUGGCUAACGAUCCUGUCUGCAGGCAUCGAUUGCUGAUUUGUCCAAGCUGAGGUAAAUCGAGCUCGGUGGCCUCACAAAGGACUUGGAAAAACAGAGGUUUCAACUUCAAACGCUUGAGUCGCUUUGGUUAAAAAAAAAAAAGAAAAGAAAAAGGCACCGUCGGAUGUCACUCCAUAAGAGCAGCGGGUGUUUCACAAGUGGAGGCUGAGCCAAGGAAGAAAAAAAGAGAUGAUCUCAAAAGAAAGUUGUUUUAGAAGUCUAUGCUAUUUAUUUUUGCAGUCCUGUAUGAACGUAGAAUAAAACCUUUUUUUAAAAUAAUUUAUAUAUAAUUAGCUUAAAAAUAUGUUAAGUUCACUGUACUGGCUAGUUCAUUUCAACUUAAGAUGUGUGAUGAUGAUAGGAAAGGUCCGGCUGAAAGCUCAAGUAUCUCUGGUUGACAGUGCACAGCUUUGUAGCUGGAAAAGUCUAAAAAGAAAAAACAAAACAAGGUAACUGGGAUUCAGAGCGGAGUGACCUGGGUCCACUGCAGUUUAAAAGUUCAGGUAACUUCUAAAACUCCACAGUGUCAUGAAGGCACAACAGCCUUACACCGUUAAAAAACAACAAUUACUGAAACAUGUGUAAAUACAAGAGGAGCUGUUAAUGAAGAGGAGCAAAGAUCUCCAUGAACAGGGACGUUUCAAGCACACUUUUAACACCCUUUUUAUCUCGUUGGUGUUCAGUUUCUUCCAAAAUAAAACGGAAAUGCUUAAUUUUCUUCCAAAAUACUCAAUAAAAAGCCCUUCCGUCUCCUUAAUAGGCUUAUUUUUGUUACUUAUUUAGUUGGAUGUAAAUAUAUUUAUGUACAGGUGUUUUGCUUUCUCUUUGCUUUGUUUUUCUAAAUUAAAAAAAUAAUAAAUGAUAUCAUAAAUAUAAUUUUAAAAAUAAUAUAUUGAAUUUAUCAGGCAUUGUUGGUGAUAACAAUAAUAUAAAAAAUCACAAGAAAGCGAAUAAGGUGAUAACAAACCCCUUUUUGAAGAUGCAAUUUUUUUAUGUCUAUUUCUUUCACUAAAUAUUCAGUUAGCUCCAUGUGUGGGGAUUUGCAGUAAACUAUGAUCGCUGCAAAAGGUAAAAGAAAUAACUUAGUCUGUUUUUGCGUAGCAAAAUGCACUAACUGAAUAUGAGGAAAGAUUUCAUAAACCAAGAAGAAAGCCUUUCUUUCAUGCUGGCUAGUAGCUGUCGUCAUUUAGUGUUUUUGGUGAGAACCUUAGUUGCUGUGGCAAUUCAGAACAGUUAUUAACCGUAAUCGGGAAACAAGCGUAGUUUUUAGCUUGAACCACCUCACAGCGGAGCUACUGCCUUCCUUGUUUGUUUAGCACUGCAGCAUACUCUAAACGUUUCUAUUUCUGCUCAUUUUUAUCCACUUUUGCUAGCCUGAGAACAAAUUCUGUCAUCUGAUGUAAAUCUCUAUCCUAUUUGAGUCCCGGGUAAACUUUCGUUAUCAAACUGAAGACACACAUAUCCCCAUUCCCUGAUUAGAAAAUACACCUAAACGUGAGCUACGUGAUAGGGAAAAAAAACAUGGCUGACCUAUCCAUAGAUACCCGCCUUGUCAACACAGCGCUACAAUAAAGUUACAUGGUAUUGCAAUGAUCCAUGCAUUGAGUACGUGAAGCUUAAGGUAAGUUUCAACCCAGACAAUUACUCUUUGGGGUCUUAAAAAAGUCUGGUCCCAAAACAACAAAGAUUUUGCACCGUGCACUUCAGGUCAGCUGGCUGAAAGAAGGCUCCUAAACGUUUCCUUCACUUUAUAAAAUUAUUACUGGUUGAGAAAAACACGGACAAUCAUAGGGUGGUAUCCAAAUGAGCCCUAGCCAUAAAUCUUAUGAAGAGCAUUUUUUUUUUUUAAAACUACAAUUGGCCUUCUAAGAUCAGUAUGUCUGUGAAGGAGCUGACUGCAGCUGUCUAGCGGAACAGCUAGCCCAACUACUCAUCCAGCUAAUCUUAGCUUAUUAUUCUAAACAGAGAAGAACAGCAAAAUAUUUUUGCCAAAUACACAAAUUUAGUUGAAAACAAAUGCAAAAUCUCGUGAGCAUUCUAUACCAUUUACUUGAUUGUAGGUAAACAAAUCUUCCAUCCAUCCAUUGCUUAUCUUUGAAGGUUCCAGCUAGCAGUAGGAAUAACUGUUGCUUUUCUGCUUUUAAUAAAACCAAUUGAAACUUGUCGGACAUUUACGAGCCAGGUACGAACCACCCAGAGUUGGUAAAGAGUAUGUCAUAUUCCAAAGACUUUGGCACGACCUAUUCUUACGGUGGCCCUGAAGUGUGAACCACAUCAACAAAUCUCUAAAUACACCUACAAAUUAAAAAA